AUGGCCCAGAAGCCGAUCAGCACCGCCGCGGCGGAGCGCAUGAACCUCGUGGCUCAGGACGAGAUCUGGAAAUGCCGCCUGAAGGCUGAAACCGAAGCACGGAAAAACUGGGCCCAGAACUGGGGAUUUUUAACCACCCCCCUCGAGCAGUUGCUCAAGUGUGAAGGAGAAGAGCCCCCCACCCCAAAGCCCAAAAUCGAGCUACCUGAGAGUUUCCGAAUCCGGCCUGUGACCCCAGUGGAGAAAUACAUCAAGGUCCUCCCGUCUCCCCCAGUCCCAGAGACUACCCAGGGCUUCAUUGGCUGGAGAUCGGGGCAGCCGGGCCUCAACAAGUGCCUGGAACAUGACCAAGAGAUCCGUAGCUGCAAGGGGGCCUAUGCCAAGGAACUGGGCUGGCCAAAGCAGGGCAUACACUGA